AUGGCAGUGAAGCACAUCGGAACCGAGAACACGGCUGCAGAUAUCAUGACGAAGGCGUUGGAAGCUGUGAACACGGAACUGCACUCACUCGAGAACUUGCCUUCUGAAGAGCAAGUGCAAACUCCGACCAAGACCUUCACCGUCACCUGCCGCUGGUUGAGCCUCGGCACAUACGUGCUUCUCUUGCUUCCUACUUUCUACUACUACCUGACUGCUGUGUGGUGUCAACAUGACAGUCACACGCAGUCAGAGUGA